AUGUCAACACAUGCAACUCACAUCCCCGUUCUCGACCAUGCACGCCUGCAGGGAGACAGAGACACAAGAUCGGGCCCGGGUUGGUGGAAUGUACGACCGCAACAGCCAGAUUCCUUUGCGGCUCUGCGCUGCCCAACACUCGAAGACAAGCCCGCCUUCCAUGGUUACUGGUGGAGUCCGGUUGCCUAG